AUGCUAAUAGAAAACAAAAUUCGUAUUUACAAAAGCUGUAUCAGACCCAUAUUGACGUAUGCUAUCGAAACAACAGCGGACACUCCUAAAACAAAACAAAAACAGAGAACCACAGAAAUGAAAACGCUAGGAAAAAUAUGUGGCUACACCUUGACAGAUAAAAAACAUAGCAACGAUAUUAGAAAUAUUUGUGGCAUACAGAAUAUUGUUCGCUGGAGUCGAUAUAGACGAAGAUACUGGAAAGAUCAUGUGAAUAAGAUGGAAGAAGAUCAACUGGCAAAAGUUGCAAUGAAUGGCCAAAUCAAUGCGAAACAUCAACCAGGAAAACCUCCAAAAAGGUGGUGUCGUGGUAGUUCAUUGUAG